CUCUCCUCUUUUCCCUUUCUCUCUCCUCUCUCUUUAGAUUCUCUCCCUCUGGACCUCUCAGCUCUUCUCCACCCAAUGAUUUCGAUCUGAUCAGAAAAGCCCCCCUUUUUACCCUUUUUGUCUAUCUUAAUCAUCCCAGCUUCAGUUUUCCAUUUUCCUUCGGAUCCUAAGAUUUCUGGAGCUCCGUGUGUAGUCUCAGAUCGGGAAAAUGUCGACUCCUGCUAGGAAAAGGCUGAUGAGGGACUUUAAGAGGUUGCAACAAGACCCACCGGCUGGGAUUAGCGGGGCGCCUCAAGACAAUAACAUAAUGCUCUGGAAUGCUGUUAUAUUUGGUCCCGACGAUACUCCUUGGGAUGGAGGCACGUUCAAGUUGACUCUUCAGUUUACAGAAGAUUAUCCAAACAAACCACCAACAGUGCGGUUUGUUUCUCGAAUGUUUCAUCCUAAUAUUUAUGCCGAUGGAAGUAUUUGUUUGGAUAUCCUACAGAACCAGUGGAGUCCUAUAUAUGAUGUAGCAGCUAUACUCACGUCCAUACAGUCCCUGCUGUGUGAUCCCAACCCAAAUUCUCCUGCAAAUUCCGAAGCUGCUCGCAUGUUUAGCGAGAACAAACGUGAGUACAAUCGAAGAGUGAGGGAAAUCGUGGAACAGAGCUGGACGGCAGAUUAAAUUAUAUGUUCUGGUAGGGCAGUGUUAAUGUGUUUGAAGGCAUGUUUCAAGUGGCAUUGCCACGUUAAAAAUCUUUGUGAGAACUUAUCAACAUUCAUCUUGUAUUUCAAUGUCUUCCCUCGAUAUUGUGAAUGUUAGAAUUUGUUUCUUCUUUUUAUCACCAUGACUUGCUACAUUGCUGCUUGUUCUGCUCAUGUAAAAUAGAGUGUUGUUUGUUUAAUUCAUCUCAAACUGUUGUGAACUCGGUUGAGUAUAAAUAGAAGACGUAGUUUUUAAUA